AGCUUGUUUUUUUUGUACCAAUGCCUCGAUUAUAGUUCAAAUCACCCUAUUGCUAUAAAGUCAAACAAAUGACAAAAUUGAUGGGUAAAAAGCUCAAGUUGAAAACAAAAAUGGAUCCUCUAAUAUGGCACAAAGCUGCUGCUAUAUCUGGGGCAAUUGCUGUUGGAUUGGGUGCUUAUGGUGCCCAUGGUUUCAAACCCAAUGAUCCCACUUAUAAACAGGUUUGGCAAACAGCUUCUUUGUAUCAUUUGGUGCACACUGCUGCUCUGCUAGCUGCUCCCAUGACCAAGAAUCCAACCCUUUUUGGAGGUUUUAUGAGUGCUGGGAUUCUCUUAUUUUCGGGAACGUGCUACAGUGUGGCGUACUUAGAAGACCGAAGCUACAAUAGAUUAGCACCAAUUGGUGGCUUCGCAUUUAUAGCGGGAUGGGCUAGCUUACUAUUCUGAAAUUCCCGGUACAAAGGACGACAACUCGUAAAUGCGCACGACUGUCUGCUCAUACACAACGUACGUUCUACUAAGACUGGUAUAAUAUCUCAUUAUGAUUGAGACUCUAUGCUAUACUUCUUGUUCUAUCAUUAUAUGUCUGCUUUACCUGUAUAUCUUGUUAGGUGAAUGUGAUGUAUCCUUGUAUUAUUCAUUACUUUGAGACCAUACAUCAUGAUUGUGCCAUUUCUUCCCAAA